GACACCAUUGGGUGGCGGGGGUGGUUGCAGAUGAGACGCAGUGGGCCCCCGACGGCCGCCAAGGAGUCAGCUCAACAGAAAAAAAGCUGAAAUGGCGUACUCACUUGGACAGCCCCGAUUCACACCGUUCAAGGUGUCCCAGGAGACCCUGGCCAACCACACCAAAGUCUUGUCCAAUGGAGCUGUCGGAGUGAACUUCCACGAACUGGCCGCCCCCAACCUGGCGAACUCGGCCGUGCUGCGCAUGCUGGAGGAGGAGGAGAGGGCCGGAGGUGAGGCUUCCCCGCCGAGCAGGCGGCGCGCCCUCAAGGGCGUCGUCUGGCCCCCGACGCCCCCCACUUCGCCGCGCACGGGUCGGCGGCUGAUAGGGAGCCGGCCGGACACCCCCACCGAUUGGCCGCCGAGACAAACGCGUCUCGUUGAGCCACCCGACGUGCCGGUGCCCGCGCGCUUGGCCGCCGACGCAGUCCUUUCGAACUCGAACUCGACCCCCUUCAGACCUGAGAGCCCCGCAGGAGGCAUCAAGAGGGUGACUUGGCCGCCCCCGCCAUCAGACGCAACCGUAGUCGCUGCGCAAAUCGAGCAGCCACGUGAUAUCCCGAACCUUCAGGGAGACCUAGUGGCGCAGCCGCCGGCCACUCUUCUCUACUCUCCGCCGCCGCAGCAGGGGGCAGCCGCUCCAAGCUACCCGGCCGCCGCCGCCCCCGGAGGCAUGGAGGCGCCCGCAAGCAACAGCACGUGCGUGUUCACGAUCCCAUCGUCGGUGGCGGCGCCAUCGCCGCCGCCGCCGGCCUCGAUCACGCUGCGUGCGGCGGCGCCCGUGACGCAGGCGCCGCCACCGGUGGUGCGCUCGCAGCCGGCUGUGCCGGAGGCGGCGUUCGGUCGGCGUGGCGACGCCAAGUGGCCGCCGCAGACGGUGCGCGUGCAGCGGCAGGCCGAGGAGCAGCAGCGGGCCGAGAUCGCCAAGGGGCCCGCCUUCCGCCCCCGCCGCCCCCAGAAGGACUACUCGUCCUUCUUCGAGCAGAACAAGCUGCUGCCCACCUACUCGCACUACAGGGCACCCCCUGGCACCCAGCACUACCCCGUCGGCCAGUGAGAUCCGCGCGCACGCACUCGAUUUUCUUUUUUAAUUCUAAUUAAUUUAUUUUUUGGUUGGCGGUAGCAGGAACAGAUUGUGAUUUUUCAGCGCGUAUGCGAAAAUUGCCAAAUCCGGUUUAUGAUACAUGUCAUUGAUUGCGCGAGGCCCGAAUUUUUUUCAAAUUUGUUAUAAUUCUAUUUAAUCGCGUGUAAAUGUAAAAUAAUAAUACUUUUCGUAUAUUUAUAUACCUACUGUGUUAAACCAACAAACAUCAUCAAAGUUGGCUGUACCCCCGUAUCGUAUUUAAUCUGAACUUGUUGUGUUGAACGUAAUGAUUAAUAAUUUGUUAUUAUACAGUAGCUUUGGUAACAUUAUUUUAAUAUUUAUUUAUUCACUCUCCUAACGUUUUGUUGAAUUCUAUCGACUGGUCAAUGAUUUUUAUUCAAUUUUUUGCAGCCACGCAAUCCUUUGACGGUGAACCUUGAUCAAAUUUCAUGAUCAGUGAUUUUAUUCAACACAUGAUGGUUGCACAUUAUCAAAUCGCGAUUCGCACAAUCCGAACUGUAUUCAGGCUCUGAAAAUUUCCGCCACGGACCUGACCUGGAGGUCGAGACAGCGUUUUUAAGACUAACCCUUCCAGAUAUUUGAGCUCCCUGCCGUCGAAACCGGUCUGCCAGCUGCGGUCCGUAGGCGGAAAUUCAACGAAAAUAUGUGAAAUGCCGCGCUGUAACUAUGUGAACAGUAACGAAAACGCUUGCUUGAGAUAAUAAUAAAGCUGCUUUCUCAUUUAAAAAAA